AUGGCCAUCAAGCCCAAGUCUGCCAGGAAGAAGGCGAAUACAAAGUCGACUCGCAAGAGAAAAACCAAGACUUUGCAGAAAAGAAUCCUGAACAGAGAUCCUGGGGAAGAAAGUGAUGUAGUCUCUGCUCCUGUCACUGGCUCUCGAGUGGUGCGGAAGUCCCGCCAGCCUGUUGAAAUUCCGGUUUCAAACGAUCCGCUUGAGAAGAACUGUUUUAGGAAAUACCCGUUUCCCGAAGGAUAUGUCUUUGUACCCAAAGGAAAUGUGUAUAUCACGCGACAUUGCCGAAGCAGAACCAAGCAGUCUCAACAAGUUGUGUAUGUUAUUUACCAUCGAUCUGGCAAGCGUACCCUUGGCAUCCAAGUCCCUUCAGACAUCUACAAAUCAGUCCUGGAUUCCGCCGCUGCAACAGCCGAUUCCCGCGCCAGCGCAGUCAGAAUCCGCGACGAGAAGGACCAGUCUCGUGCACGAGAAAGUCUACGUGAACAGUUCCCGCUGAUGCCCACCGAGUCACUCGAAGCGAUCAUCAAUCAUGCGUUCCUCAAAGGCUCAGGUCGUGUAGGACGCACGACAACCAAGUCAGAGGAACGCAAGGCUAUCCUAGCAGUGGAAGCCCAUAUCCGGCACGUGCACACUCCCUACGAAGAGUUGCUCCGCAAAGGAAUGAAACGGCGAAAAGCCAGAGAGGCCGUCUGGGAAAAGGUGCGGGCAAUCAGGGGUACGUGGCAAGGCGUCCAAGACCAGGAAAGGACGGAAGUUCCUGCUCAUGACCUCGAGAUGGAAUCCGAAUUCGAAUUCGAAUGCGAGGCCGAGGAUGAGGAUGGCGAUACCGUGUCGGAGAUAUCAUGCAUCAGUAUUGUAUCGGUAUAG